UAUAAGUGUAUUGUCUUGCUGCCUAUAAGUGUAGAUGAACUUGUCAGCCUGAAAAUUAAGAAAACUAAAAGCUCCACAAGAUAGUUGUAGCUAUGGGUUUUGGUAGAUUACUUUUGCAACUUGUGCUUGUUGGGGCGCUAAUUGCACCGGCAACAGCUCAAGCGAAACCCGGCUGCCUACAUCUUUGUGGGAAUGUAAAAAUCCCAUAUCCAUUUGGCAUGCAAGGUUGUAGCCUAAACGAAGAUUUCCUUAUCACUUGCAAAAAAACCGAUUCUAAACCACCACAGCGACAAGCUUUCAUGGGGACUUCAAAUAUCGAGGUUACAAACAUAACCAUCGAUGGCGAACUGCAAAUCAAAAGCUGGGCAUCCCAAAGUUGCCACAAUGCAUCGACCGGCGAAGAGGACCCGAUAAAAAGUUUGCUUACUUUGUCUAACUUCACUGUUUCCAGUUCGAAGAACAAGUUCACUGUUGUUGGUUGUGAUAGUUACGCAUACCUCCGAGGCUUUCGACAAGGGAAGCCUUACAGUGCGGGAUGCAUGUCCACAUGCGACUCUCUCGAUUAUGUGUAUAACAAGUCUUGCGCAGGCAGUGGAUGUUGCCAGAUAGAGAUUCCUGAUGGAUUAUACUCUGUAAAUGUCACAGCACGCAGUUUCAACAACCAUACAGGUAUCUUAGAUUUCAGUCCCUGCACCUAUGCCUUCAUCGUAGAAGAUGAAAAAUUCAACUUCUCUUCUCAAUAUCUUAAAAAUAUUCCACAAGAUAAGUUUCCAGUUAUUCUUGAGUGGUCAAUUGAUAACACCACAAAUAAAGAAGCGAGCCGGAGAUUCAGCUCUGCGUGUGGGCAUAACGCCACGAGUUACCGACCGGACAACGUUCCUGGAUAUCGCUGCAGAUGCGAGGAGGGUUAUGAUGGCAACCCAUAUCUUGGUUGCCAAGACAUCGACGAAUGCAAUAAAGGUCUACAUAACUGCUCACACCAAUGCAUCAACUUGGAUGGAAGUUAUAAAUGCACCUGCCCAAAGGGAUACACCGAGGACGGAAGAAACGACGGACAAAGAUGCACACCUCAUCACUUUCCAUAUAUUAUAUUAGCUCUAGGUGUUAGCAUAGGCUUUCUAGUCUUGCUUGUUGCCAUCUCCUGGAUCUUUUUGUUUAUAAGGCAAAGAAGGCUCAAAGAGCUUAAAGAGAAGUUCUUCCAAAAAAAUGGUGGCCUUAUCUUGCAACAGAAACUCUCUAUGCAACAUGAAAUCCCUGAUAUAUUUAAAAUUUUUACUGCUGAGGAGUUGAAAGAGGCUACCAAUAACUAUGAUGACAGCACCAUAGUUGGCAGAGGAGGCUUUGGAACCGUUUAUAAAGGAAUUUUAGCAGAUAACAGAGAAGUUGCCAUCAAGAAGUCGAUACAAGUAGAUGAAAGCCAAAAGGAGCAAUUCAUCAAUGAAGUGGUCGUGCUGUGCCAAAUCAAACAUAAGAACGUGGUUAGGCUCCUGGGCUGUUGUUUAGAGACGGAAGUCCCUUUACUAGUUUAUGAAUUCAUCACCAAUGGCACCCUUUUCAAGCACGUCCAUGGAAGAAAUGCAUCAGAUUUCUCCUGGGAGACCCGCCUAAAGAUAGCAGCCGAAACGGCAGGAGCGCUGUCUUACUUGCAUUCUGAAACUUCAGUACCGAUCGUCCACAGAGAUGUCAAGACUGCAAACAUACUCUUAGAUGCUAAUUACACUGCCAAAGUGUCUGAUUUUGGAGCAUCAAGGUUGGUUCCACUAGAUGAAAUGCAGUUAUCCACCAUUGUGCAAGGGACCUUGGGAUACCUGGACCCAGAAUACAUGCGCACAAGUCAGCUGACCGAGAAGAGCGAUGUAUAUAGCUUCGGAGUAGUCCUUGUGGAGCUGCUAACUGGUAGGAAGGCACUUUGUUUUGAUGGGCCUGAGGAGGAGAAAAAUCUGGCUAUGCAUUUUCUCUCUUCUAUAAAAGGGGGUAAAUUAUUUGAAAUUCUUCAGAAGCAUAUUGUGAAUAAGGGAAACAAAGAGCAGGUCAAGGAAGUAGCUCAGCUGGCAAAGCGGUGUUUGUGUUUGAAUGGAGAGGAAAGGCCUUCUAUGAAGGAAGUAGCAACGGAAUUGGAGGGUCUCCACAUGAUCAAGAUGCAUCCAUGGGUGGAAGUGAGCACUGAGGAAACAGAGUACUUGCUAGCGAGAGAGGAAUCCUUUACUUCUGGUCAUGGGAACGGUUGCAUUGCAUCAAGUGCAGGGUUUGAUAGCAUCAAGGACCAUUUAGUUGUAUCAGUUGGUGGUGGUAGAUGAUUUUCUUUUUUCCUUUUACCUUUGCGUGAAUAAGGCUAUGAGCUUCUUCCUUCUAGGAAGGCUUGUGGGGAAAAUAAUUUUCAUUCAAGAGAAAAAAUGUUUUAGUUGGGGGGGGUGGAGGGGGGGGUGUGCGGCGGGCGGCUGUGUUGGUGGGGAAGGGAGGGGGAGAGGAGGAGGUAUUGUUUUGUGGGGCGUGUAAAUAAGAAAAGCAAUGAUUGAACUUAUUUACCAUUAGUAUUUGCUCAAUUUGCUUCUUAUGAUUUGGAAUGUAAAUUAAGUAAAGGCUUCAAGCUGUUUAUCUUCAUUAAAGAAAAAAACGUAUACGCCUUGAAUAUUC